AUGUUUGAAUUGAAUUAUGGAGCCGUUCCUACGUCCCGGACAGAUUGCUUAGCUAGAGUUCUCGAUUGUGGAGAUGAUAACCGUGGAUCGAUAAGUGCCAUUUGUGAGCCGGACUUGACAAUUGACGGGAAUUCAAGCCUAGCAAGCAGUGAGAAUUAUACCAAUUGUAAAAUCUGUGGAGGGUUUGCGAAUUUUUUAUGUUCAAGAGAUUCACGAGCUGGGUGGUUUUGUUCUUUUUGUAAUGCUUAUAAUGAACUAGGGAAUAUUCCAUUAUCAUCGUCAUACCUAAAACAUUUAGGAACUGCUGCUGUGCCUACGCAUUCCAAGUUCGCCAUAAUCAUCGAUCUUAAUUGUGAAUUUGAGGAAAAUCUAGACGCGUUGAAGAUGUUACAAUUUGGUUCUGUCCAGUCAUUGGCCCUGAUCACGAUUGAAGAUGGGUCUGUCACUAUUCAUACUGACGGGUCACACAUUACCGUAGAUGCAGAAUCUAGUAGUUGUAUCAGCCAUCUUAAGAAGCUUGACACAGAAUGGUUCAUUGCAAAGUAUGGGCUUUUAGUGAGGAAGAUUUGGACGGACCAAAUAUCUUUCGGUGCUAAACUCGCGGAACUUCUAUGUCAACGGACUAGGUCAAAAAAAAGAUGUAGAAGAAACACUGCACUCGCUAUUUUUCUAGCACAAUGUCUAAACCCAUCACAAUCCAUUGCAUUUGUUUUCGGACCCUGUACAGUAGCACCAGGUAAGGUUAUCUCAAUGGACCGAAAAAAUCAUAUCAGGCAGCAUAGAAAUAUAGAGGAAGACAAGGAUGUGAAAUAUUGGAAACCUUCUAGAGAAUUUUACAAUAAAAUGAGUAAGUCCUUAAAGUUUGCUCCAUGCACGGUAUUCGUCGCAUCCAUGGAUCAGGUCGGAAUAUGGGAGAUGAGAUCCUGUUUGAACAACUUUAUUCAAUACGAAUCCUUCAAUGAUAGAAAUUUCAUAUAUGAUUGGCAGGCGUAUAUUCAAGGGAAAGGAUGUUAUGAAAUAACCAGAAUUGUUAUCAAAACUUCUAACAAGCUAUUACUGAAUGGGAUCUUUGGUCCAGUCUCAUCCUUGAAAGACAAGGACACACAUGUAUCUGACACUCCAAAGGGCUUUGGAGGGUCUGGAACCUUCCGUUACAAAGGGCCAAGUAGUAAUCUACCAUCAAUUUUGAUAAGUUUAUCUGUUGAUACAUCUCGCAGCGCUGCUGAAGCCUUGCAAGAAAUGCCAGAUAAAUUUUCCUUUCAAAUGGAAUGCUACUAUAAACACUUGAAUCAAGAAUACGUUUCUGUAGAAACGAAAUUUAUUCCCAGUACAACCUUACCAGGUGAACAUCUUUUAACCCAAAAUUUCCACUGGGAUAUAAUGGCUGGAUCCAUAAUGAAAAAAAUAUCUUUCGCUGUCUUGUUUCAAGGCAAGUUUUAUGAUUACGAUCUAAGGUGGUGGACGUUAGAAAUAGUAAAACUUCUUAAAUCAUUGAAUGCCAUCGAUGUUCCUGGCAUUAAAUCCUUACAAGAAGUAACGUACUUUAUGCAAAGAUCAACUCUCUUAAGGAAGAGAAAUACAUCGCCUGACGAGUGGAUCGUCUACCAUUGGACAAUUCUGAAUUCCCCUUUAAGUCAUAUAUUCAAGAUGGUUAGACCCCAAGUGUAUUCGACCACAGGGCUUAUUCAAAAUACAACUGACAUCCUUAAUUAUGCCGAACCUUUAUUGGUAGAUGGUGGUAACGUCCUUGUGGUACGAGAUACUUCAGUAGGAGAUAGCAGAGUUGACAGUUUGAAGGCAGCUGCUGAUACCAUAUACCACGAUGGAAGUCGAUUUCCAAAGCCUUGGUAUCGAGAAACCAAGCCAGGUGCUAGUCAGGAUAGAUUUGUAAUUGCACGACUAGGCUUAACUGCAGAACAUUCUUUGCAUUCUGAUGACCUCACGCUUGAUAAAUACAUGGCACUGUUUAAAUCAAAAAGUACUGCAUGA